CCUUUCCCCCUCAAACCAUUUAUAUGAUCAACUUGAUAACUUCUGUUGUUUCCUGUGGCAUGAAGUAGAACCAGAAUGCUGCUGAAUGAAGCAGUGAGAGAAAUAAUGGACAGAGACGUGCAAAUCUGAGAGAGGAAGAGACAAACAGUUUGGAACUUGUCACAGUAUAAUAAUGGACUUUAUUGAAAAGGGUCAAAAGAAGACCUACAUUUCAACAUUCAGGUUUAACCUGAAGUCUUCAGCAGCGUUGGAUGUGUCGAGGAGAACAGAGAAUGGAACCAAACCAACAAACAGAGAGAAAAGCAGUCUGAAAUCAGAGAAAUCAGAAACUGCUGACACAAGGAAAAAAUCUCCUAGAAACACAGAAGAGGACACAGAAAAGAGGAGACCAGACAUCACUCUCAAUAACACAGCCAGCAGUGGUUCAGGUGCUGUAGCGGAGUUUUUGGAUCCCCAGCAGCAGGUUGUGGUUUGUGUUGGAGGAACCGCUCGACUGCACUGUCCUUUCAGAAGCUCUGGGCCUGUGGCUUCCUGCUGGAUUUAUGACACGGAAAAGGUUGUGGUAGAAGGACUGCGAGUGUGUGUGACGAACACCAGCAGCAGCAGCACCCUGGUCCUCUCUGAUGUUCUCCCUGUAGAUGCGGGACGUUAUUCCCUGUUUGUUCAGAACCGAGGAGGCACAGCUCACCAGACCAUAAGCCUCCGUGUCAUUGAUCGUCCAGACCCUCCAGCCUCUUGUCCGUUCGUGUCCCAGCUGACCCGCUCAUCUCUGGUUCUGUCCUGGUCUGGGCCGUGUUUUGAUGGAGGUUCUGCCAUCACAGCCUAUGUGGUAGAGUUUCAGAGGCUGGACCAAACCGAGCCCGGUGACUGGACUGAAAUCACUAACCAGUGUCAGAACACCUCGUAUCGGGUCCGCUCUGGUCUGGACCCGCAGGGACAGUAUCGCUUCAGAGUACGAGCCUGUAACGCAGUGGGAGCCAGUGACCCCAGUGAGGAGUCAGACUGCAUUAAGAUGAACACUGCAGGUCAGCCACAACAGGAAGUGACCUCAUAUGUGGAGGUUGUGCCUGACACUACACACAAAGUCAGGGAUCAUUAUCAUGUCCAUGAAAAACUGGGAGUAGGGAAGUUUGGGGAUGUGUACAGGAUGACCCAUAAGCAAACAGGUCAGGUGUAUGCUGGGAAAUUCUACCGGGCUCGUGUCUCCAGAGAUAAAAAGGCAGCGCGUCAAGAAAUCAAACUGAUGAAUGAACUACGUCACCCGAAGCUGGUGCAGUGUUUCGCAGCCUACGACACCCCGUCUGAGAUCGUCAUGAUUCUGGAGUAUAUUGCAGGUGGUGAGUUGUUUGAACGGAUAGUAGAUGAGAACUUAGAGCACACGGAACCCAACAUUGUGAACUACAUGCGUCAGAUCCUGGAAGGAAUCCAGUACAUCCACAGCAAACACAUCAUCCACCUCGACCUGAAGCCGGAGAACAUCAUCUGUGUGAACAGCGCUGGGUCGCUCAUCAAGAUCAUUGACUUUGGAUUGGCCUGCAAACUGGAGCCUGGUAAAAGUCUGCUGGUCUUACAUGGGACUCCGGAGUUUGUGGCCCCAGAGGUUGUGAAUUAUGAGCCUGUAGAUCUGACCACCGACAUGUGGAGCAUCGGCGUGAUCUGCUACAUCCUGCUGAGCGGCGAGUCUCCAUUCCAGGGAAACAGUGAUGCCGAGACCUUAGCUCUGGUUACUGCAGCGCAGUGGGAGUUUGAUCCUGAGAGUUUUGUUGAUAUCACAGAAGAGGCCAAAGAUUUCAUCAGCGGCCUGCUGAGGAAGGAUAAGAGAACAAGAUUAUCCUGUGAGAAGGCAUUAGCUCAUCCCUGGAUAGCCUUAUUUGAGGACUCAAACUCCAGAUCAACCAAAUCCCUAAAAAAAGAGAAGAUGAGAAGGUACCUGGCCCGACAGAAAUGGAAGAAAACUGGUAAAGCACUGCUGGCACUAACAAGGAUGGCUCGCUGCAGCAAAUCUGAUGGACCGCUGUCUCCCAUUUCUGUAGAUGUGAAUGCUCUGGGGAAAGAGGCCAAACAAGCUGUGGCAUCUCUGGACAAACAGUUGUGGAGUGAACCACGUUUCCAUCAAGCCCUGCAUGACCUCACAGAGAGCUGCGGAGCCACAGUUCACCUGGCCUGUACAAUACAAGGAUAUCCUGACCCUGAAGUGGUUUGGCUGUUUGAUGAUGCGCCGCUGGAGAAAAACAGACGAGUUCAGAUGAAUUAUGAUCAGAACGGUGCUUGCACACUCACCCUUGCUCAAGUACAACCAGGGGAUUCUGGGAUCUACAAAUGCUGUGUAUCCAACAGUCUGGGACGGGCGCUGUGCUCCGCCAAACUCACCGUGCUGCUCUAGAACACCAAACCUACAAUCUUAAGCUUGAAGAAAACAGGAUUUCUCAAGCCAAACUGAGAGAACGUUAGGAACCGUGUGCUGAAACGAGUACUUUCAAACUAUCCACGUUUGACAUCACUAGAAGCUGUUUUAAUUCACUAUUCCUGAAUUGUUCUAUUUUUGGCUUUUAAAUCACACUUCACUCCACAGUCAUGUUUCAAGUUCAGUUUCUAUAGUUUUUUCCUGAUGUAAAGUUUUAGCUAUCAUUUACUGAUUGAGACUGUGAGCAUUGCGUUUUUCUACAGAUUUUGUUGUACAUGCGUGUGUGUGUGUGUACCCUGGAGCACAAAACCAGUCUUAAGUCGCUGGGGUAUAUUUGUAGCAGUAGCCAAAAAAACAUAGUAUGGGUCAAAAUUAUAAUUUUUUUUU